UUUCUUGGCGUUCUGUCCGGCGUUACAUUUUUUUACAGUUUUAUGUUUUAAAACAAACUCUUGUAAUGUAAAAUGUAACGUUGGACUUAUGUCCAAAGCAAAUCUAUAAGUUUUACCCAAAAUUAAUAAAAUUCAAGUACUAGAAAUGUAGGCUCCCAAUAAGAAAACAAUAUCUAGUAGAAGCUAUGCAGUCUCCCAAAUGACAGAAACAGUUUUCAAUAGAUGGACUGCACAUAGCUGAAGAAACCAACAUGGCUUCGCUUUCCCAUUUAGACCCUGAUAGCUCAACACCGAGGCUGGCACCAAAACAAACUACAAUUGAUUUGAUAGGCGGUAUACUGUGCCAUAUUUGUCGUUUAACAUUUCCUGAUAAGAAAAAUUAUGACAAGCACUACAGUAUACAUGAAAGUGACAAAACCAAAAUAAUCUACACAUGUGUGGUAUGUUCCAAAGAAAUAGCCGGAUACCCAAGUUUCCGUGGCCAUUGUUACACAACACAUGUUAUGAAAGAAAAAUACAAAUGUGAGAUAUGCAACAAAACUUUUGCAAAAGUGACCUCUCUUAGGGAACACAAGAUUGCCAAGCACUCAUUUAAAUGUGGAACAUGUGAUAAAGAAUUCAAUUCCAGUAAGGAGCUGCAAGUUCACAAAAUUAUACACACCCAGACCGACACACCACCAUACAAUUGCCAAAUGUGUAACACCAAAAUUGAUUCCAUAGAAGGCUGCCACGACCAUGUAGAUUUGCACUGCAAAAAUAUUUACUCAUGCCCAGUGUGCAACGAGAAUAUACCAGACAUCAACAAAGCAGUUGAUCACCUGAAAAUCCAUUUCGAUGAGGAGGCUGAUGAUAUAAACGCAAAUCAUAAUGAUAAGUCCGAUAAAAUUGAAAAAAUGGGGGGAAUAUUGUGCUCAUUAUGUUCUCAUGCAUAUAAAAACCGAAUGGAGUUUGAUGCACAUUUCUCUUGCUGCCAUGGAGAUGAGGAUGUGCUCUACACUUGUGUUGUGUGCGGAAAACAGUUUGAAAAAUACUCAGUCUUCAAUCAGCAUGCCUAUAACCAUGUCACUAAGAACAAAUUUGAAUGCAAUAUAUGCUCCAAAACCUAUCCGCGCAUCUCCCUACUUGUUACACAUAUGGCCCACUGCCAGAAGGACAACAGCGCAACCGGCAAACCAUUUGUUUGCCACAAGUGCAACCACAGAUAUGGUACCGAAAAUCGCCUUCGUCUGCAUUUAAAAGUCGAACAUAAUAUAUUCCAGAUGGAAUGUCUAGAAGAAGGCUGUGGAAAAAAAUUCAAAACAUCUUGUGAAUUGAUAUUCCACCAAAGACACCAUUCUAAGGCGAAGUGGUGCGGUCAGUGCGGCUACCUCUUCACAUCUCUCCACACGUGUCAGUCACACCUCGACGUGCAUAAGAAGCUACUGUUCAUUUGUCCGAUAUGCAAUCGCAAUUAUUCCGAAAAGAAUAGCAUUCUGAAUCACGUCAACCAACAUUUCGAAACGCUACUCCACAUGUGCAAGUUCUGUUGCAAAGUUUAUAACGCCAAAAAUCGUCUCAAGGAGCACAUGAAGACACAUUCCGAUAACAAAAUUCACGCCUGCAGCUACUGCGGCAAGAGCUUCGUGAGACUGAGCCACCUGCAGCAGCAUCUGAACACGCAUACAGGGGCGAAGCCAUACAGUUGUCCGGUUUGUCCGAAAUCGUUCUCGUCGCUACCCAACUGGAGCAAACAUCUGCAUAGAAUGCACAAAGUUAAUGGAAGUCAGUAUAAAAAGGAAUUCGAGGCUGUAAAAGCUAAUGCGAUUGAAAAUUAUGAUACAGAUACAGUUGACAAAAAAUAUGAAAAUAUGGAUAUAGGGGAAGCAAAAUUAGACAGUUCCGAAAUGGAUGUUUGUGAAGAAAAAUCAACAGGAAAUAGUAACUCAUUAUUAGAAAACACGCAAUCGCGUGAGCCUGACAACAGUGCAGCGGAGACUGACAUCAUCGAUCAUUGGCUCAUCGAGAAAGAAUUAAUACACUUUGAAAACAAUUUCAAUAAGGAAAACAGUAUCAUCCAAAAUGUUGAUAUCUCAUCGACGACAGAAGAUCUUAUUCGGACCUUGGAGGCGGACAUACAACAGAUUCCUCAAACUAACUACCCUCCCGAAUAUGGUCCCGAAUUCAACAUAGGCCCCGAGUCCGGGAGCAGCAGCGGCUUCAUAAAUCUGGAUGACCACAACCUGCCUCACAUCGAUCCCCUGCUAACGAUUAAAAUUCAGGAGCAUAAUCAAAUCUAUAAAAACAUGCCAGCAGAUUUCGUACCAAAUAUUGAGUAUAUCAACUACGAUGCUCCGAAAUGGGAACCACCGAUCCUAAAAAAGGAGGACACUUUCGAAACCAACAACAAGCUGAUGUUAUGGAACGGUGAUCAUUUUGAAGUUUUUACAUAAAUAUUUACGUCACUUUUAUAAAAUGACUACAACUACCUCUUGGACAUUAGACCACUUUCGAAAAUGUCCAAAACGGUUUAGUCAUAAGAUCCCAAUAGCUACCUCAGACAGAAACGAUGAAGUACCUCACUUAUCAAUAGCGUAUUUUAAUGUUAUAGAUAUACAUAUAUGUCCCACCAAACAUAGAUGAAUAAUGUUAACAUAUUUUAUAGUUACUACCUCAUUUAGUUAAGUUUUAUUGUUCGACACCGAAAUGCGAUUUGUCAGUUGUAACUUGUAAGGAAAGAUGUGUAUGAAAUUAUCUUGCAUGAGAGUAGAUCUUUUUUCGGUUUGAAAAGCUGUUUAUUCUACGUUGUGUGCGGCCAAAAUUGUGCUCAUAAAAUGAGCCUCUUGCACGGCCAGGAUGUGACGUCAAUUCUUUCACACAUAAUAUACACAUUUGUAAUGGUAUUAGUUUUAAAUCAUGAUUUAUAAUUAUGAAGAAUUGUAAUUGAAAUAUUUUGUUUUGUAAUCCUACAGCAAUAGAGAUUUCGUGUUUUGUCUCGCUUACUAGAGCAGGAAAAAUUAAGAUCUUGUGGAAGGAUUGAUGGACAAUUUUUCUAAAAUGUAAACAUUUUACUUUGAAUAAUUUCCAAAGUGUAGCGUAAGAUUUUUUUGGCAACAGCUUUUGUAUAUAUUUGAUAUUUUUGCGGCACUUUUAGUUUGCGUAUUAAUUUUGCUUUUUGUUUUCGCUCCCGGAACCCGAAUUACGUUACAACGGCGCGGAUGGACCGAACGAGAGUAUUAUCGUAAGCAAAAGGUUUUAAAACCAUUCUAAUGGUGGCUUUAAGCUUACGGUGGCUUGGCUUUGGCUAAAGCCACCUUAGAAUGAAAUUUAUCCUCGUUGAAUCCGUUGGGCGUUACAAAUGUUUUAAAAUUACUUAAAUAAAAUAAUAAUACAACGUGACAUAAUAAUAUUAUCUUGUAUUAUAUAAUGAGGUCAUCGGUUUUCUGUAUCUUUAGACGGGAGCGCUUUCAUGCAUUUCAAUUUCGAUUAUUUUUAUUAUUUUAUAAAUGAAAGCUGCGAUGCCAAGCGUCGUCGGUUUUAGUGUAAGUGAAUCGAUAGUGCUGUGAUAUUUUUAUGUAUAUUUACUAGUGUUAAGUGUAGGGAGUGUAACGAAACGAACGAGUACAAAGAAACGUUAUUUACGAUAGGGCGAGUCUCCAGACUCGUCAUAUACGCGUUUUUACUGGGCUGCUAUUUCUGGACAAACAAUCUCAAAUCAAUUUAGACAAAAAUAAAUAUUUCGCAAUCAGUUAUCGCAUAUGGACCGGUAGAGCGUUAUUAUAAACAAUAGUUUUUGUCAGGUUUAAAUACUAGUAAAUAUUAAUAUUUUCAAUAUACUGUGCUGAUUAAUAGUACGAGGAAAUUAGUAAUUACCUGCGACUAAACGGCUUAAAAAAUUAUGGCACCAGUCGUUUUUAAAAUGAACUAUCGUGCUGUAUUAUAUUAUGGAAACAAACAAAUAUAAUAUUAUAUUUUUGUAAGAAUUUGCCGCCAAAAAUAAUUGUAACAUUAUUUCGUUUCGUCCAUAUGCGUAAUACAAAUCGUGUAGUUCUCGAGUGAGAUACUGAUAUGCUGCAGUUUACUGCAAAAAUGAAAUUUUAUAAUGUUGACAAAAACAAAAAGAGUAAAAUUUUUUAAAAAUAUAUUAUGCUAAGAGAAAUUGACUCCGAAAUAUAUUUUCGAGAGAGUGAAUUAUUUACAAGUCGCGGCUAAGGGAGGUCUUAGAUAUGUAUCCAAAGACUGUGAAGUAAUUAUAAGUUCUAUGAACUUGAUAUCGUAUUGGAUAGCGUCGGUCCGAGAAUAGUCAGAAUCGAAAAAUAGCUGAUCAGCUUUGUGGAAAUUGAGCUUCGACGGUCACAACACGGAAUCGCCUCACGCAGUGAGAUACUAGACAAAACUGGUGGAAAACACUUAUCAUGGAAUAUAAACGCCGUCCUUGAGACGCGUGCAAAAAUUGAAACUGAAAACUGAUUUCUAGAAUGGGAUGAGACCGAUGUAUGGCAGCCGAUAUCAGAAACGAUAUUUUGUUUUUAUUAUUUCUGUUAUUAAAUCAAAAUACAUAAAUACAAAACUAUUCCUUGCCGUCGUGGCUUGUCUCGAAAAUAGUUCGAUAUUUCUAUAAUGACUAAACAAAAUAUCGUUUCAACGCGGAGUAGUGGAAAACUUGUUGAAUAAUCUCAUGUACGCUCGUGUACGGUCCCUCUCGCUCUGUAUCCCGAGAGGAAAUGGCUACCUCGUCCCGUUCGAGAGAUACCAACUCUGCGCUGUAGAUUUUUUGGGUCCUUGCGAGCAAAAACGAUGUAUGUAGUGUGUUCUGUAAUUCUAAAGCGUUUGUUAUUUUGUAUACUACAGCGCAGGAGGGCUGUCCCAAAUCACUGUAAAACUUAAUACACUGCGAUGCAACGCGGUUCGACGCCGCCCGCUGUCGUCCGGUGCAGUGAGGCCAAGUUGGUGCGUUGUGUUGGUCAUCACUAUUCACUAUACAAUGCAACGGGUUUACGGACGCAGCGCAACGCAUAAUGUGGCCCCAGCCUAACGCGGACACACCAAUAGAUCGCAGUGUGUUUUGUGCCGUUGUGACAGUAAUAGCAUUAUACUAUUGGUGGUGUUUAAUAUAUUUAAAUAAACCUCUUUGUUCAA